AUGGGGGAGAGGACCCCCGAAAUAGCUCAAAUCUACGACCCCGAACACUCAGAGAACGUGAAAGUUUCUAUGCGGCGGCUUUUUCUCGCGAUCCUGAACUUGAGCGCCGACUGGCGCCGCGUGCCAUGGAGACGGAAUCAGUCGUAUCUGAUGACCCGGCUUCCUGGAGCACAGUCUCUUCAAUCUCUCUGUCGGAUUUUGAACACCGACUCUUUCACCAUUUUACAAUUUGGAUCUGUAGUUCCCCAUCUAGCUCUUAGAAACGUUGGUCUGAUGAGGGCGCUGCUUGCUCUCUCCGCUCGACAUAUGUCCAUAGAGGCCGAAAGAUCCGCAUCCAUACCUCACUCCUCGGUUGAAGAAGGGAGAUCAUCGGGAUCACCUGGGAAUGCACAGGAAUCAUCGUGCGCGAUCAAUCGCAACCUGGCGGUUCAAUAUUAUUACGAAACGCUGCAUUAUUUGAAUCAGGCGAUGCAACAUCCCUCAUAUGCUCGCAGCAAUGAAGUCAUUGCAACUUCCAUUCUUAUCAGUACCUAUGAAAUGAUUGAUGGCUCAAAUCAAGAUUGGGAGAGGCAUCUGAAGGGUGUUUUCUGGAUUCAGAGGUUUCAAGACAAUGAUGGAGAGUCUGGGGGAUUACGGCAAGCUGUAUGGUGGGCAUGGCUUCGGCAAGACGUUUGGGUUGCUAUGCGUGAAAAACGACGUGUCUUCAGCUUUUGGCAACCGAAGAAGCCUUUGUCAGCCUUGACGCCUUCUGAACUUGCGACUCGUGCCACUUACCUUCUCGCACAGUGUGUCAACUAUUCUUCUCAGGAGGAGCAAGAGACUACGGAUAUCUCACGUCGCCUUGAAAGGGGUAGCGAAUUGCUUUUCAUGCUUCAGGAGUGGUAUGAUUGUCUGCCAACAGAGUACAAUUCUCUUCCGACAAGCUCAAAAGUCGACAUCUUCCCUCCGAUCUGGGUUCAUCCAUCUCAUUACGCUGCGGCAUUGCAGGUACAUAGCCUUGCUCGUAUCUUGGUGAUCCUUCAUCGACCAUCCUCAGGAGGAUUGCAGGACUACAGAGCAGCCCAAAAGCUUUUAACAUUGUCGGUCAAUAUUAUAUGUGGAAUCGCUCGCACUAUCGACAAGAAUGAUGAUGCAGCAAGUCUUGUUUCCAUCCAUUGUCUAUUUGGAGCUGGAAUGUGUGUUUACACUCCCAAUGAGCGAUUGGCCUUGCUGGAUCUUCUUGAUUCUUGCCAGCAAGCUGUUCGGUGGCCAUUGACAUCUCUGAGAAAAGAACUCGAGCUGGAAUAUGGAAAGGAUGAAUUUGCCAAUCUCGCAAAAUGA